AUGCACCCGCCCGGCGCCCUGUUCGCCAUGGCCGAGGGCGCCUUCUCACUGUCCGCUCAGGCGGCGCGGAGCCCCGGCGGGAACCCGUCGAGGCUCCACAGCAUCGAGGCCAUCCUGGGGUUCACCAAGGAGGACGGCCUGCUGAGCCCCUUCCCGCCCGACGGCAGCGCCGGCGGCGCCAAGGAGGCGGACCGGCGGGGACCCCGGCACUGCCUGCCCAGGAUGCCCGGAGAAGGCGUCGGAUCGCGGGCGGGGGUUUCUCCGCGCCCUCGGGCGGGCCCCGCGGGGAGAUCGCCCUCCCGGUGACCGCCUGUCUUUUCCCACGCAGAGCCGUUCUGUCCCGGCAGCACCAGUCCCGAGCUGCCCGCCGGCAGCGGCGGCGAGGGGAAGCCGUCGGACGAGGAGCAGCCCAAGAAGAAGCACCGGCGGAAUCGCACCACCUUCACCACGUACCAGCUCCACGAGCUGGAGCGCGCCUUCGAGAAGUCCCAUUAUCCCGACGUGUACAGCCGGGAGGAACUCGCCAUGAAGGUCAAUCUCCCCGAGGUCCGCGUGCAGGUGUGGUUUCAGAACAGACGGGCCAAGUGGAGGCGGCAGGAGAAACUGGAGGUGACCUCCAUGAAGCUACAGGACUCUCCCAUCCUCUCCUUCAACCGCUCGCCACAGGCAACACCCAUGGGUCCUCUCAGCAGCAACCUGCCCCUGGAGACAUGGCUCAGCCCACCUGUGCCCAGCAGCACAGCCCUGCAGACCCUGCCCGGCUUCGUGGCGUCACCGCAGAGCCUGCCCAGCAGUUACACGCCACCACCCUUCCUGAACUCUCCAGCAGUGACCCAUGCUCUGCAGCCCCUGGGUGCCAUGGGGCCACCGCCACCUUACCAGUGCGGGGCCACCUUUGUGGACAAGUUCCCCUUGGACGAGGCAGACCCACGCAACACCAGCAUUGCCGCCUUGCGGAUGAAGGCCAAGGAGCACAUCCAGUCCAUUGGCAAACCCUGGCAGACAAUCUGA